UUUGGUAAUUCAACAGAAACCCUGAAUCCAUCUUAAACCCUAAAUCCUUUCCAAAUGCACAACCUGUCAGCCAAUUCCAUCGCAGAAAGCAGCUCAGCCCCUUCCCCUUUCUCCCACAACAAAAAAUAUAUAUAUAUAUGGCAAAGCGUUUGAUUCCUUCAUUUAAUCGCAUUUUGGUUGAGAAAAUAAUCCCUCCUUCUAAAACCAACUCUGGGAUCUUGCUUCCCGAGAAGACCCCCAAGUUGAACUCCGGCAAGGUGGUAGCAGUUGGGCCAGGAUCACGAGACAGAGAUGGGAAACAUAUCCCAGUUAAUCUAAAGGAAGGAGAUACAGUCCUUUUGCCUGAAUAUGGAGGCACUGAAGCCAAGCUUGGUGAAAAAGAGUAUCACCUAUUCAGAGAUGAUGAUAUCUUGGGAACCCUACAUGACUGAUUUGCAGGUUUGGACUGAAGAAAUUGGAUUCUCUAUGUUCAAACAUGUUCCCCUUGGACUUAUGAGACUAGUAUUUUGCAGCAUGUUUAAGACAUUUUAUUUGUUCCAAGGCAUUUUGGAUGGGGAAAAGAAAUGCUGC